AUGCCAUACAACACGUCCGCAAUACCUCCUUCCGAGGAAGUCACUGGCCAUUCUGCUCUUCCCCUCUCCCGAGUUAAGAAAAUAAUAAGGCUUGACGACGAUGUCAACGGUUGCUCCAACAAUGCUGCUUUCCUUGUUACUAUUGCUGCUGAAAUGUUUGUCCAGUAUCUCGCAGAGCAGGGGCUAAAAAUGACCUAUGGUGACCGAAAGCAACGGAAGACAAUGCAGUAUAAAGACCUGGCUACUGCUGUAGCUAGAGUAGAAAACCUCGAAUUUCUCGCAGACGUUAUCCCGCCUACGGUGCCGUACAAGCAGGUUCGGGAACGGAAGAACAACAAGACUGCUAAGGACACUGAGACUGGCCAGUUGACGCUGAAUGGGCAGAGGAUAUUGCCGAUAGGGUCGUCAAACGGUCGUAAAAAGAGCUCUGCAGAGAGUGAUACUAUUGCCGUUGCCAGUGGUAGGGAGAGGGGGGUUAACGGAGACAAGGGCAACGAGAUAGAGAUGAGUUAG